CCCCAUCAGGACACCUGGGAACAGCAUCUUCAGGCUCUUCACUGAAAAGAAAUGCAGCACAAGAGAAAAGCCAGCGAGGCUGGGGACUGAAUUCUUCCACAGUGAGAGCAGCAGGGCGCUGCUCCUCUUCCUGCCUCGGGGCAUGCUGCUGCCACGUGGAGGAGGAGAGGCUGCAGCCAGCCAGGGAGCUGUGCAGGGCACGUGGAAAAGAGGAGCUGCUCAUGAGAUGCCUUUUUCUGAGCUGGCCAAUAAAAAUAGACAGGCCAGUACACAGCAGGUUUUGUUCCAGUUUGUCUGGCUGCUGGGGAUGCCUGCGAACUUUGCGUUUCUCUGAUAAACUCCGGAGUUGUAGUGGAUGAUUAACCAGGUCCUGGGCUCUUAAAGCCAUCCCAUAACAGAGGAGCUCAACAGAGAGCCAGCAGCACGUGCUGCUCCCCUGCACGGAGAGGGAGAGGAUUCCAGUGCUCUGGAGGAGACGCUCACAGGCACAGCUCCGGGAGGAUGAGCUCUGGGGGCUGCACCAGGGCCUGAGCCAGCUGGUCCCUGCAAGGGCAGGCCCAUGCCCCCCGUGUGCCGUGCCUGGGAGAAGCUGUGCUCAGCACCUGUGAUCCAGCAUGAAGCUGAAAGGAGGGAACCAGGACAGCUCCGAGGGUGCCAGGGGGAAAAUGACACUUCCCCUGGCCCUGGUGGCUCUGAUUUCUGCCUUUGGCUCUUCCUUCCAGUACGGCUACAACGUGUCUGUGAUCAACUCUCCUGCCCCGUACAUGCAAGACUUUUACAACAGAACCUACCUGGACAGGACUGGGGUGCCCAUGGACAGAGGCUUCCAGACACUGCUCUGGUCUCUCACUGUGUCCAUGUUCCCUCUGGGUGGCUUCUUUGGGUCACUCCUGGUGUGGCCCAUGGUCAACAACUGUGGCAGAAAGGGCACUUUGCUGAUAAAUAACCUCUUUUCCAUCGCUGCUGCAAUCCUUAUGGGAACCUCCGAGCUGGCAAAAACCUUUGAAGUAAUCAUCCUUUCCCGCGUUGUCAUGGGAAUAUUUGCUGGUCUGGCUUCCAAUGUGGUUCCUAUGUUCCUUGGAGAAAUGUCCCCCAAAAACCUGAGAGGAGCUGUUGGGGUGGUGCCACAGCUCUUCAUCACCAUUGGCAUCCUUGCAGCUCAGAUCCUUGGGCUCCACAGCAUCCUUGGGAAUGCCAGAGGGUGGCCUGUGCUGCUGGGGCUCACGGGGAUCCCGUCCCUGAUCCAGCUCCUGACCUUGCCCUUCUUCCCCGAGAGUCCCAGGUACCUGCUCAUCCAAAAGGGCAACGAGGAGCAGGCACGGAGAGCUCUGCAGAGGCUGAGGGGCUGGGAGGACGUGGAUGAUGAGAUCCAGGAGAUGUACCAGGAGAACCAGUCAGAGAAGGAGGAAGGGCAGUUCUCUGUGCUCAGCCUGUUCACCUUCAGGGGCCUCAGGUGGCAGCUCAUCUCCAUCAUCGUCAUGAUGGCAGGCCAGCAGCUCUCGGGGGUCAACGGGGUCUUCUACUACGCAGACAGGAUCUUCGAGUCAGCAGGGGUGCACAGCAGCAGCAUCCAGUAUGUCACCGUGUCAAUAGGUGCCAUCAACGUGGUCAUGACUCUGCUGGCUGUUUUCAUUGUGGAGUCCCUGGGGAGGAGGAUCCUUCUCCUGGCUGGCUUCGUGCUGUGCUCUGCCUCCUGUGCAAUCCUAACUCUGGCCCUCAAUCUCCAGACCACUGUCUCCUGGAUGUCCUACCUCAGCAUUGUCUGUGUCAUUGCCUACAUCAUUGGACAUGCCAUCGGACCCAGUCCCAUUCCUGCUGUGAUGAUCACGGAGAUGUUCCUGCAGUCAUCCCGGCCCGCGGCGUUCAUGGUGGGGGGCUCUGUGCACUGGCUGAGUAACUUCACCGUGGGGCUGGUGUUCCUCUACAUGGAGGCUGGGCUGGGGCCCUACAGCUUCCUCAUCUUCUGUGCCAUCUGCGUUGCCACCAUGCUUUACAUCUUCUUCAUCGUUCCUGAGACCAAGAAUAAAACCUUCAUGGAAAUCAACAGGAUCAUGGCCAAGAGGAACAAAGUGGAGGUUCAGGAAAGCAAAGAGUUUAAAGAUUCCUACCCCCUGAGCAGGCAGGAAGAGAAGAAAUGGCUCUCCAGCAGUGAGAUGUGACCCAGCUGUGUUUGGCCUGACAGGAUCUGUUCAGCAGGAAAACAAAUCCAGGGAUUCCUCCUUUGAUGCUGAUCUGACAAUCACAGAACUGUUAAGGCUGGAAAAGACAUUUUACAUCAAAUCCAAACCUAACUGCCACGUCCUCCUCUUGCUCCAAGGAAAUGUCCUCAGCCAGCUCAGUUCUGUGACUGAGGAGCUGAUGUGUGUCCCUGGUGUCCUGGUGACACAUGCAGGGGACACAAGCCAGUCCUUGGGCUGGAUGUGGGGCAGUCGUGUGCAAGGAGUGCACUAAACUCCUCUGAGGAACUGUCACUUGUGUGUUUGAGGGUCCAGCAAGGGGAAAUUAAAUUCCACUUGGUAUAUCAGUGUGCUGCCCUCUGUUUUGACAAAAGCAGAAUUGUUGAGCAGCUUGGCAUGGAUCUUGUGUAGUAGAUGGAGAAUCCUUCACAUGAUUUACUUUGACCUUAGCAAAUCAGUUAAUAUGUACAAUACACCUGUGCUCAAGUUUGUGC